CUUCUAUGUACUAUUCAAAGUAACCCCUUUUUUUUUUUUAAUUUAUUCUUAAAACCAAUAUAUCAAAACGAUAGAAAAAUUACAACACUUCUUUUAAAUAAAUUAUAAAAAGAAGAAUUAAAUUGAUAAGAAUUACUUCGUUGUUAAUUAUAAAUAAAAUUAGAAAAAGAAAAACAGGCUUUAAAAAUAAAUAAAUAUAUACACAAACACCCAUUGUUUUAAAAAUAUUUUGAUGGCAAGCCGUAACGGCCACCUUCCUUCCUUUCUUUGGCGAGAGGAACCAAUACCAUGCCAUGACAACACUCCUUUCCUUUCCUUCCAUAGUCAGAUCUGUUUAUCCUUUCCAAACUCUAUCUAUCCAAUUAUUGUAUGAUUUCUAAUCCUCGGUUACUCUAAUUAUUAUCACUCUCUCUCCAUCAUGGAAACCGAGCUCAAAUCCAUGAAUCCGGACCCCCCCAAACCCGAACAACCCUACACGUCUUCCCGAGACGAAGGGUCCUACUCGAAAGACGACCGUCCGCUUCUUAAAUCGGAACCGAACCGAGUCAACUCAGCGACAACCGAGAAGAACAUUGAGGAGCUGGAGAAAAAAUUCGCUGCAUUCGUCCGCAGUGACGUGUACGGUCCGAUGGGACGUGGGGAGUUACCAUUGGUUGAGAAAGUUCUGUCAGCAAUCGCGGUGGUUACACUGUUUCCGAUACGAUUCGUGCUCGCAUUGGUUAUAUUGGUGGUGUAUUAUGUUAUUUGUAGGGUUUGUACGCUGUUUUCGGCGCCGAAUCGGGAUGAGGAGGAGGAGCAGGAGGAUUUUGCUCAUAUGGGAGGGUGGAGAAGGGCGGUUAUUGUUUGGUGUGGGAGGUUUUUGUCUAGAUUACUGCUUUUCGUGUUAGGGUUUUAUUGGAUUUGUGAAAGCUAUAGAGAUAUUGAACUGCCUAAUCAAAUUAAAUCUUCCUCCCAGGUAUAUAUAUUUAUUGCUGCUGCUGCUCUUCGUUAUGUUUCGGUUUUUUUGGGAGCUAGUGUAAAUAAUGAUUUGAUAAUGAUUGUAGUGAAUGAGGGAAAAGAUCAAUCUGAAGAUCUGGAAAGAUCAGGGGCGAUAAUAUCAAAUCAUGUUUCGUAUUUAGAUAUCUUGUACCACAUGUCUGCUUCUUUUCCAAGCUUUGUUGCCAAGAGAUCAGUGGCUAAACUUCCUUUAGUUGGUCUCAUCAGCAAGUGCCUUGGUUGUGUAUAUGUUCAGCGGGAGUCCAACUCAUCUGACUUCAAGGGUGUUUCAGGCGUUGUGACUAAAAGAGUCAAAGAAGCUCACGAAAAUAGAUCUGCUCCAAUGAUGAUGCUUUUUCCAGAAGGCACGACAACAAAUGGAGAGUUCCUUCUACCAUUUAAGACAGGUGCAUUCUUAGCAACAGCUCCUGUACAUCCAGUGAUUCUUAGGUAUCCGUACCAGCGAUUCAGUCUUGCCUGGGAUUCAAUAUCUGGGGCACGUCAUGUUUUCUAUCUUUUCUGUCAAUUCAUAAAUCAUAUGGAAGCAAUAUGGCUUCCUGUUUACUACCCAUCACAAGAAGAGAAGGAUGAUCCAAAGCUAUAUGCUAGCAAUGUCCGACGGUUGAUGACUUGUGAGAGUCAUUUAAUAAUGUCAGAUAUUGGACUUGCUGAGAAGCGAAUAUAUCAUGCUGCUCUGAAUGGUUUGUUUUGACAAUGCUAAUUCGGAUUCGCCCUCUGUAUAUUUUACUGUAUGAUUCUAAGAUUAACAGAAAAGAUUAAAAACUUGUAGGAAUCACGAGCAGGAUAGUAUCUCGUACGUCUUCGAUUGGAGAUGUAUUUACCUGUAUUUGUAGAAUUGUUGUGGAGCUGAAGUGGCGUUUACAAAGCAGGCCAUUUAGUUUUGAUUCCACAUUUUUUUGUCUAGUAGCAAACCGGGAGUUCCAUAUGUUCCACAUAGGGGUGGCUCAUACACUACCACUGCUACUAAAAGGAUCAAUUAGAUUUCAGAGUUCAAAAUGCGUACUUGAUUUGUAUCUGAUGAAUUCAGAUUUUUGUUGAGGGACGGGCAAGUUAUCUUCCUUAA